CGCCACGCCUGAGCCCUUCGGCCGGCCUCGGGUGGGAAGGCGGGACGGCGCUUUGCACGCAGUAAGCGCUCAAUAAACACGAUCGAAUGAAUGAGCACUGCCUCGGUCCGAUCCGGAGGGGGUCGGGGAGCCGGCAGAUCCUAGGGCCGGGACAGACAGCUACCCAGGCACUUGACAGAGAAUCCGCCCUGCGUUGGCAGACCGACCACCCUACCCGGCUGCUGGCCAAACGCGACUUUCAAGUCCGGAAGCAAUGCGCUCUACGGCCUUACAGGUGUGAGAGGUUUGGGGUUUUAGGAAACUUCUAAGCUAUGGAGGAGACAGACAGGGAAGCAGUGGCCACGGCGGUCCAGAGGGUAGCUGGAAUGCUUCAGCGGCCCGACCAGCUGGACAAGGUGGAACAGUAUCGCCGCAGGGAGGCUCGGAAGAAGGCUUCGGUGGAGGCCAGGCUCAAGGCAGCCAUCCAGUCACAAUUGGAUGGGGUGAGGACUGGUUUGAGCCAGCUGCAUAAUGCAUUGAGCGAUGUAAAGGACAUACAGCAGUCUUUGGCAGAUGUCAGUAAAGACUGGAGACAGAGUAUCAACACUAUUGAAAACCUCAAGGAUGUGAAGGAUGCUGUAGUUCAACACAGUCAACUAGCCGCUGCUGUAGAAAACCUUAAAAACAUCUUUUCAGUGCCGGAGAUCGUUAGAGAGACCCAGGACCUGAUUGAACAAGGGGAGCUUCUGCAAGCCCACCGAAAGCUGAUGGACCUGGAGUGUUCUCGAGAUGGUCUGAUGUAUGAACAGUAUCGAACGGACAGCAAGAAUACUCACGAUAUGACUCUCAUCCACACCUACUUUGGAGACAUGCAGAAGCUGUCAGAGGAGUUAGCGAAGCAGUUGUGGAUGGUGUUGCAGAGGUCACUUGUCACUGUACGCCGUGACCCGACCUUACUGGUGUCUGUUGUCCGGAUUAUUGAGCGUGAGGAAAAGAUUGACAGGCGCAUGCUCGACCGGAAGAAACAGACUGGGUUUAUACCUCCCGGAAGGCCCAAAAAGUGGAAGGAAAAAAUGUUCAAUAUUUUGGAUCGAACUGUGACCACGAGGAUUGAAGGCACUCAGGCAGACACCAGGGAAUCGGAUAAAAUGUGGCUUGUGCGCCACCUGGAAAUCAUACGGAAAUAUGUCCUUGACGACCUACUUGUGGCAAAAAAUCUGAUGGUGCAGUGUUUUCCCCCUCACUAUGAUAUUUUCAAAAGGCUCUUAACUAUGUACCAUCAGGCUUUGUCCUCACGCAUGCAGGAACUUGCGUCAGAAGAUCUGGAAGCAAAUGAGAUUGUAAGCCUCUUGACCUGGAUUUUAAACACCUAUACAAGUGAAGAGAUGAUGGGAAAUUCAGAACUAGCUCCGGAAGUGGAUAUAAACGACCUGCAGCCAUUCAUCUCACAAGAUGUGAUCUCGGAACUACUCAACACAUACACGUCAACGCUGACUUCGAACAUCAUCGGCUGGCUGCGGAAAGCUCUGGAGACGGAUAAGAAAGACUGGGUUAAAGAAACUGAGCCAGAAGCAGAUCAAGAUGGCUACUAUCAAACCACACUUCCAGCUAUUGUUUUCCAGAUGUUUGAGCAAAAUCUUCAAGUGGCUGCCCAGAUAAGUGAAGAUUUGAAAACGCAGGUACUGCUUCUAUGCCUUCAGCAAAUGAGUUCAUUCUUGAGUAGAUACAAAGAAGAAGCACAGACAUACAAAGAAGAGCAUCUGAGGAAUCGGCAAUAUCCACAUUGCUAUGUUCAGUAUAUGAUAGCCAUCAUCAACAAUUGCCAGACCUUUAAAGAGUCAAUAGUCAGUCUGAAAAGGAAGUAUUUGAAAAACGAAGCGGAAGAGAGAUUGCCAAUGACCCAUCUGAACAUGGACGUGAUUUUAGAUUCCAUUGCAAAGGACGGGUGCUGUAGUCUGCUAGAUGAAGUUUUCUUAGAUUUAGAGCCCCAUCUCAGCGAGCUGAUGACCAAGAAAUGGCUGGCAGGAUCCAAUGCAGUGGACACCAUCUGUGUCACAGUGGAGGAUUAUUUCAAUGACUUCGCUAGGAUCACCAAACCCUACAAAAAGAAAAUGACGGUUGAGGCCCACCGCCGAGUGGUGGUGGAAUACAUCCAAGCCAUCAUGCAGAAACGAAUAUCAUUCAGGAACGCAGAGGAGCGGAAGGAGGGAGCCGAAAGGAUGAUUAAAGAAGCAGAACAGUUCAGGUUCUUAUUUCGAAAGCUUGCCUCGGGAUUUGGUGAGGACACAGAUGGGCACUGCGAUACCAUUGUAGCUAUUGCAGAAGUAAUUAAACUGACUGAUCCAUCCCUGCUUUAUCUUGAAGUCUCUACUCUCGUCAGUAAAUACCCAGAUAUCAGGGACGAUCACAUUGCAGCUUUGCUGACAGUGAGAGGAGAUGCCAGCAGAGAUAUGAAGCAGACCAUCAUUGAGACACUGGAUCAAGGCCCAAGCCAGCCAAAUCCCAAUUAUGUGCCCAUUUUUAAAGACAUUUCAGUUCCUUCCCUUACCGCCAAACUUCUGAAGUAACUAUGGGGUCCCACUGCAUUACACAUAAGUAACUCUGGCUCAUGGAAUGUCACUGUCUCAUACCUUUCAAAUAAGGUUCCUUGAAUUGAGUGUUCUGGGAUAGAAACUGAUCAGGCUGGUCUUCCACCAUGGAGAGCCCAGCCAUGUGAAGAACUGAGAGAUUCUGAUGGCUGGUGGAAGACCAUGUGCUGCCCAAACGGCAGUUGCAUUUUCUCAUAUUUACUUGUGGGUGUUGUAUUUGAUGUAAGGCUGUUCAGGAUACCAAAUGGUCCAUUGUGCACUUUGUCAUUUAAUGUUGAAUAAAAUGAUCAGAAAAGCAAUUUA